AUGGUAGCCCUUUUCCAGCAACUUUUCACCUGCCUUGAGAAGAGGGACGAAGACCUCAAGCAGGAGUUCCGGGUCCUACGCCAAUCUAUCCUCACAGCUCCUCACCAAGCGGAACUCGUCAGUGAGAGCCCAAGAUUGGGUCUGCCAACACCAGGACGACAAAGGCUUGACGCAGCAGGGACUUCAACUCCACAGCAGGAUCCCCAAGCAGUAAUGAGGCCAGCACCAGGAGACCAGUCCAGCAGUGUUAACGUUCAUCUUCCAGCAUUCUUGAGAAAGGAGCCAAAGAUGCCCUCAUACCAGCAGGCGGAGGACAUUGAAAACUACUUGCUGAGGUUUGAGCGAAUGGCCAAGACGUGGCAGUGGCCGGAGGCAGAGUGGGCCUGCAGGCUUGUCCCAUUGCUCACGGGCAAGGCCUUAGAGGCUUACACAGCAAUGGAUGAGGGGCUGUCCAACGUCUACAAGGGCUUGAAGGAAGCGCUGCUGGUGAAGUUUGACAUCUCCCCGGAGACCUACCGUCAACGCUUUAGAGCUGCAUCGACGCCAUCGGGUGAGUCACCGACAGAGACGUACCACCGCCUCAAGGGUCUCUACCGACGAUGGGUUCGACCAGAGGAGAAGACACAGGACGAGAUCGGUGAGGUCAUCAUCCUCGAGCAACUUCUACUAGUUCUACCACACGACAUUCGAACCUGGGUUCGAGAGCACGAGCCCAAGGACGGGCUUAUGGCGGCUAAGCUUGCGCUGCGGUACCUUAAUGCACGUAAAGGGGGCCCACCACGACCUGCAGCACCCGCUCCAAGGAGUCUCCGAGACACAAGGGACAUCAGAGAUACCCGAGAUGGUGGAGGUAACUCUGGGGGUUAUGUGUCUGGGAGGGAUGUAAGGGAUCAUGCAGUUCGCUCUGAUGGGAGGGGUCUGACCUGUUUUUACUGCCGACAGCAGGGGCACAAGGCUUCAAUGUGUCCGCUACGUAAAUCCAAGCUCUCAGGUUACUGUUAUGUGCCCAGAGAGGGGAUGGUGUUCAGAAUAGACAGACUGGGGAAGGGUCAGUCUUGGUACCUGUAA